CAGUGAGGUGUUGUAGUGCUUUGGCCCCAGUCUUAAAUGGCUGCUAUCCAUUUUUUAAACCACCAGAUGUCACUGCAACUGCUAAUAAGUACAUGCAGGUCGGUUCACAUAAAUCCCAGCAUUACAAGCAGAAACUCCUUCAACCUGAGCAGAUCAAGGCUGUUAAAUAGAUAAAUACAACAUUCUCAAAGUUUUAAUCUGAAAAAUUGUUUCACAUGCUUGUCACUGGAAGUGACAGAGUCACAACUGGUACUGACUCCUCUAAAGAGAGAGACAAUUAGAGCUGAUCAGAAACAGCUGUGGCACCUGCAAGACUUAAAACCUGACAUGUAGCACAGCUGGUAGCAUUUUCUCUUGCUGACUGACUGAAAUGGCUGCUGUGCAGGCCUCGCUUAUUGUUGUCUUGACUGUUUGGCUUGCCAAAGGUUCUUCUAUGGGUGCUGGUGGGAAACCAUGUGGUCAAGGGAUGCAGAUGGGAAUGAACGAUAAGUCCAUGCCAGAGGCUAAGGAAGUACAACUGGAAACCAAUGAAGUUGAUGCAUCAGCUGAACACAUGAAACAUGCACAGAAGGCCCUUAAUAGACCUCAAGGACUCAGAAAUGAGAAAAAUGACCAUCAACGCAGAGCUGGCGACCAUGUGAACAGCGACAACCUGACGGCGGGCGACCAUGUGCACGUGCAGGGCGACAACCUGACGGCGAGCGACAACCUGACGGCGGGCGACCAUGUGCACGUGCAGGGCGACAACCUGACGGCGAGCGACAACCUGACGGCGGGCGACCAUGUGCACGUGCAGGGCGACAACCUGACGGCGGGCGACCAUGUGCACGUGCAGGGCGACAACCUGACGGCGGGCGACAACCUGACGGCGGGCGACCACGUGCACGUGCAGGGCGACAACCUGACGGCGGGCGACCACGUGCACGUGCUGGGCGACAACCUGACGGCGAGCGACAACCUGACGGCGGGCGACCAUGUGCACGUGCAGGGCGACAACCUGACGGCGGGCGACAACCUGACGGCGGGCGACCAUGUGCACGUGCAGGGCGACAACCUGACGGCGAGCGACCAUGUGCACGUGGCACAGGGGGCGACAACCUGA